GUGAUUUUGCAACUCCUCGAGCUAUUUUGACAGGACAUGACUAUGAGAUCACCUGUGCUACCAUUUGUGCUGAACUUGGCCUGGUAAUAAGUGGUUCAAAAGAAGGACCAUGUCUCAUACAUUCUAUGAAUGGAGAUCUACUGAGGACAUUAGAAGGUCCUGAAACAGAAGGUCCUGAAAGUUGUUUGAGACCGAAACUUAUUCAAGCUUCAAGAGAAGGUCACUGUGUCAUAUAUUAUGAAAACGGCCUCUUCUGUGUGUUCAGUGUCAAUGGGAGACUUCAAGCCACUAUGGAAACAGAUGACAAGAUAAGGGCAAUUCAGCUGAGUCGAGAUGGACAGUAUCUGCUCACAGGUGGAGACAAUGGAGUUGUAACCGUGUGGCAGAUGUGGGACCUCAAGCAGCUUUUUGCUUACCCAGGGUGUGAUGCUGGAAUCCGAUCCAUGGCCCUGUCGUAUGACCAAAGGUGCAUCAUGACUGGCAUGGCGUCUGGGAGCAUAGUGGUUUUCUACAAUGAUUUCAAUCGCUGGCACCAUGAGUAUCAAACCAGAUACUGAUCUUCACAGAGACCAGGAUAAGCACUGAUGUGGGCAGCUGUUGUCAGAGGGAAACUGAACACAGCACACAACAUUGUUCCUUAUAAAUAGCUAUAUUACAUGUGAAUGUAACUCAAAUUUGCUGGAAGAAGCAACCUAUUUUUUAAAGUUAAUUGCUAUUUUUGUAGACAUUGCUUGACUUUUUUGGGGUAAGGGCAAAGAAGCAGAAAAAUGGCUGCUGGGUUCUGUAGUUAAAAAAAUCUAUAUUUUUAGUCAUAAUGAGAAGUCUAUUUUGAUCCCUGUAUGUAAAAGAAUCCUAAAGUAAAUACGGUUAAAACUCA